AUGGCGGAAGAAUCUCGAACGAAGUACAAACACGGUCGCAGCAACGCCGCAAAACGCGUCGACGCGACGCGUUGGCUACAACUGUCACAACAAAACAGAGAGACAGUGAGAAAGAGCGAGGAGGAAAUAAACACGAAGAAAGAGUGGUUAGCGAUAGGGAGAAAGUUUGUUGACAUCGAAGAAGAAGUUCACGAAACAAAGUCGAGUUUUACUGCGAACGAAGUUGCGCAGAAAAGUGGUUUGUGCGAGGUGAAUUUUGUGCGCGUAGGUUGGACGAUCACAAGUACACGGAUAAAACACUCGUACGGACUUCAGACCGUUUGGCCAGGACAGAACAGGACAGUACAGACGGAACCGACGUGCCAGGAUCACAGAUUUGGCACGAAGAACAACAAGUUAAAAUCUCAGCAGAGCCCGGUGCGGUCAUUGCUGCUGGGGUGAAUUGUAAGUUGUUGCACAAGUUAAAAGUUGAA